GGGUGAUAUAAUAUUUUGCAUUAGUAUCACAAAAUGUACCCCCUAUUUGAUCUUGGAAGGAAUUUUGGAAACACCCUGUAUAUCAAUGAAGUAACAUGGCGACUGACGAAAAUAGUAAUUUAGAGGAAGUUUUGGAAUAUAAGAUUUUUAAGUACUCCAGUUAUACAGCUUCUUACGUACCUGAGAAUAUUCUUGUAGAUAAACCGUCAGAUCAAACUUCACGUUGGUCUUCUGACAAUGACCAUCCUAAUCAGUUUCUUACACUGAAAUUACAACGUCCUGCCAUUGUUAAAAAAAUUACUUUUGGCAAAUAUGAAAAAACUCAUGUAUGCAAUAUAAAAAAAUUUAAAGUGCAUGGUGGAUUGGAGCCCGACUAUAUGAUGGAACUUUUAGUAAGUGGAUUAAACAAUGACAGUACAGCCCAAACGUUGGAAUUAAAACACGUAUUAGGUCACGAAGGAAAAUUGUUUCCCUGUAGAUAUAUCAAAAUUAUUCCUGUACAUUCUUGGGGACCCAAUUUUAAUUUUUCCAUUUGGUUUGUACGCUUGCAUGGUAUCACUGACCCUAAAAUUGUACAAACUGCUAUUAGCUGGGUUGAUAUUUAUCGUCAAAGAGAAGUAAUAAGGCUAUGUAUGAAACAUUUUCGAAAAUUCGAACAACCAGAAAUUGUUCACACUUUGCAAAGAAUCACAGGCGUUACUUUGGAAGAUCCUCGGUUAUCUAUGCUGUAUGAUUUGUUAGUUACCAAAGGUGAUCAUCUUCAGGCAGAAGGUUUUAUAAGCAACGCAGUCAUGUCUGGACUACUGAAUGACUAUAUCAAUGCUCAGACCUAUAGAGCGGUUUGGAAAAAAUUAUCUACGGGUGAGCCUAGACCUGGAAUGAGAGGAGGACAUCAAAUGAUUCUGGAUCCAACUGCUGAAAUGUUGUAUCUAUUUGGUGGAUGGGAUGGAAAUCAAGAUCUUUCAGAUUUAUGGGUUUAUGAUAUAACUGCUAAUCAAUGGAUCCUCCUAUGCAAAGAUACUGAAUCAGUAGGUGGACCUAGUGCUCGAUCAUGUCAUAAAAUGAUUCUUGAUCCAGAAAGACGACAAAUCUUUUUACUCGGACGAUAUUUGGAUACACAAUAUAGAACACCAGAAAACCUUAAAAGUGAUUUUUAUGUUUAUGAUAUUGAAUCAAAUAAGUGGACUCAAAUAUCAGAAGAUACUGGUGUUGAUGGCGGGCCUCAACUAAUAUUUGAUCAUCAAAUGUCAAUAGAUACUGAAAAACGAAUAAUUUACGUAUUUGGCGGUAGAAUUCUUGUUUCAUCUAACACUUCUGAAAAUCAUGCAAUGUUAGCUAAUUCAACGGAACAAAUAUUUUCUGGUUUAUAUUCUUAUCAUGUGCCGACUGGUACUUGGAAUCGACUCGCUUGUGAUAUCGCAAGACAGGGUCCUUCAGAAAUACCAACUAUUAGGUCACGAGCUGGUCAUUCUAUGUUGUUUCAUUCAGGUGAACGAAAGUUGUAUAUAUUUGCAGGAAAACGAAGUAAAGAAUAUUUAAGAGACUUUUUUACUUACGACGUAGAUACAAAUAAAAUAAACUACAUAAAUUACAAUGACGUUGGUGGGAGAGAUAGUGAUCGUCUUCCGGCAGCUGGCUUUACUCAAAGGUCAACAAUUGAUCGAGAUCUUAAUGAAAUAUAUGUUUUGUCGGGUUUAAGUAAAGACAAAGAUGAGAGAGAUGAUAAUGUACAGAAUUCUUUUUGGGUAUAUACUAUUAAAAAUAACACAUGGUGCUGUAUUUAUCGUAAUGACAAUUUUGGUGAAAAAUAUUGGACUAAAAUGCAAGAUUUUGAACCAUGUCCAAGAUUUGCGCACCAGUUAGUUUACGAUGAAAUCAAAAAGGUUCAUUAUUUAUUUGGCGGAAACCCAGGACGAUCUUACAUUCCAAAUUUACGACUAGAUGAUUUUUGGCAAUUACAAUUAUGUAGACCGUCUCACGAGCAAGUAUUACAAAAAUGUAAAUUAAUCAUUAGAAAACAUAAAUUCGAAGAACUUGCUUUAAAUAAUAGUGUUGAAGCAUUGGAAUAUUUACAAACUAAGGUGUCCGAAAUUAUUGAUCAUAAUGAUAAAGAGCAAGAGAAAGAGUUUCAGUUAUUGACGUCCAUACUAUUUCGCGAGCAAACAAACUUAGUGGAUGAAACUGCAGACCCAACUUCUUCUACUGUUUCAAGUAACUUUAUCGAUAUAAAUACAGAUCAAUAUGUUAAAAUAGGCAAAGUUCAUGCUUUGAGAAUAGAGCUAUACGACAAACUUGCAGAAUUUUUUCCCGAUUCACUUGCACAACCGCGUGUUAACCUUAUCGAUCUUGUGUCAUUAUGAUGCAAUAAAUAUUAAAAAAAGGAAACAUCAAGUACGUUAACAUUGACUAUAAUAUAUCCAG